CCUAACGCAAAGAUUGCAAUUGUACUCUCCAUCACAUAGUGAAACUUCGGCAUGAGAGCUCUGCUUUCCGUGGAUUAGUCUCGGUUUCCCGGAGAUACCACGUAAAUCAAGUGUCAUCUAUUUUCCGCGUUUAAAUUAUUUUACAUGGUAUCAGAGCAGUAAGUUUCAACUAUUAGGUUUUUUCGUCAUGGGGAAGGAAGAGGAGACUAUCGACGGCAAAUCAAGCGCCUCUACCGACGAUGAGGUUAUUCCGAUCAGUUUGCCUCUCUACCUACAUCCAUCCGAGAACCCAGCACAACUCUUUGGCAGUGAUUUGAUCACGGAUCUGAACUAUGGUGAGUGAGUCAAUGAUCUCACCGACACCCUCGUGGCCAAGAAUAAAAUGGCUUUAGUAGAUGGCUCCUUGCCGCGCACCAAAGUGGGGACUCAUCGUCGUCAUGAGGCCUGGGAUAGAUGUGAUGCCACCGUUAAGGGUUGGUUGAAGACGACCAUGACGCGCGAGGCAAGAAACAACGUCCAUAUGGCUACCACGCCCUGAGCUAUUUAGGUCGACUUACAAAAGCGGUUCACCCGCGGGUCUGCUCAGCGCGCAUAUGAACUUCGUCGCAUGAUCAGCUCGCUUCGCCAGGACAAGCGGUCCAUUUCAGCCUUUUACACCAAGCUUCGUGGCUACUGGGAUGAGAUGGAUGCGGUCGGUAGUGUGCCACGGUGUGUGUGUAAUGGCUGCACUUGUGACGGCUGUAGCUGUGAUUUGGUGGCGCAAAACCAUGAAAAGCAAGAAACCGAACGCAUGUUCGAGUUUUUACUUGGGUUGGAUGAUGGCUACGCUUUCGUUCGCUCUCAGAUUCUUAGCACGAAACCUGUGCCAACUUUGAAUGAAGCAUAUCAAAUUGUUGCCGCUGAAGAACAGCAUCGUUUGCUCACUAAUGGACGCCGUCCUAUCGUGGAUAUAGUUGUGUUCCAAGCGCAGACUGACAAAGGGAGGAAGGAGGAAAUUGAAAAAACUCGGUGCACCAAUUGUAAUAAACUUGGCCAUACGAGGGAGAUAUGCUAUCGGCUGAUAGGCUUUUCUCUUGGGCAUCUUCGUGCUAAGUCGGGCAAGAAUUGGGGCAACCUCAACCAGAGUCGCCCUCAAGCUGCUCACGUCGAGCCUGAGACUGGGGACAGCAGCGACAACAACCCAAUUCCUGGCCUAACGGGAGCUUAGUUUGCGUCCUUGAAGCAGUUCUUGUCUUCUCCUCUUCCCGAGACCACUCCUGAUUCUACGACACACAUGGCGGGUAAUCAUCCUGACCUUUUUAAGUGGUUAAUUGAUUCAGGUUGCAACGAGCAUAUAGUUCGGGAUGCGCGUUGGCUGGAUUCUAUCAAUACUAUAAUGGGGCUAUCUAAAGUUCACAUUCCCAAUGGAUCGGCAAUCCCGGUUCAUGGGGUUGGUUAUGUGUAGUUGUUGGAUUCUCUUAGACUAAAUCGUGUACUUCAUG